GUAUCCCGGCUCGAGCACCAAAAUUCGGUUGAAGAAUCCAGAUGGAACUUCGUUUUGAGUUUCUACUUUCACGACCGAGAACGUUCGCGGCUGGCGAGCUGUGUUUGCUUGGAAGAUUGCGAUCGAAGAGAAGGUCCUCCGAUCUGUUGGAGAAAGAUAUUGUUCCGUUUCCAUCGCGUUAAACAUGCCUGACGUGAAAAAGGAGAAGGACAAGGUGGACGAUCGCAUUGGGUCAGCGAAGCAGGCUGCGCGAUCGAAAGUGUGCGAGGAAAGUGAGGACUUUCCAAGUGAGACUGAACACGAGUUCGAGUCGCUGGAGUAUGAAGAGGACGCUUAUUACUCGAACUUGACGGCGACCCCGAGUUUCGACGAUGUGAACGAGCUGAGCGACGACGCGGACGAGAUCGUGGUGCACUGCUGGCGCGACUCGAACGGCGAGAUAGACGAAAUCGUGGUGGACGACGGAAACCUGUCCGUGGAAACGGAGUUCAUAUCGGAGGACGCCGAGGGCGGCGCCACGGGGCGAGGACGCAAGAAACGGAAGUCCGUGCGGGUGAUAUUCCAGGACUUCUCGAAGCCUUACCUCGCGAAGAUCAGUAACAGCCAGAAUUACAAGAAGUUCCUCGAAUUGGUAAAAGGAGAAGACGCCACCCUGCACUCGUCUGGGUACAUCUCACCGUCGUCGGACACUGUUGUGAGCGAGUUACAAGGACUUUCCUUGGAGGAGCAAGACCGACAGAAAGCGGAAUGGAGUGCGGAACUCGCCAAAGUCGAAGAGGAGAUUCAAACCCUAAGGCACGUGUUGGCGAACAAAAUUCGGGUGUCUCAAGAGCUGAAGAGGAAGUUGGGCAUCAGCAUGUGGAAAGAGAUCACUGAUGACAUGAACCAGGGCUUGAAAAACGUAAAGGAGAGUCAAGUUUAUCAGAACGUCGGGGAGAAACUCAGUCAGUUCACCAAGGCAGUCUCCGAGAACACUUUAUUUCAGAAGACAGAGUCCGUCUUCAAGACCACGGCUGAGAAGACGUCCAGCAUCUUAGGAGGCUUCGGCAGCGGAUUGUCCAUGAAGCUCGGGCAGAUGCGGAACUCCGACAGCUUUCGUUCGCUGGAGGAGCGCGUUGGGUCUGCUUACGAAAAUAUGAAGACGAAAGUCGUGCCUUCAAGAUCCACUUCGAUGCAGAGCUUCGACGACGCUCUCCGAGAGUCCGAAGCGGCGAGACGCGCUUCCGCCGCACCGUCAACGACCAGUCCGACCAUUCCCGAAGACAAGCUCCUCUCUUAGAGCUGGGCCCUCGAAUUCACAUCGAUAUUCGCCUCUUCUCCGCGUAACAUGCUGACGUGUCGGAUCCGCGACGUCCAGUGGUUUCGCUCUAUGCUACCUGUAAUCACUUUUCUACCGCAUUGCUAAUAAUCAGGGCUAAAAGCGAUAUUCGCGUCGCUAAUCGAUUUGUAUAAGUGAGAACGUUGGCCGAGGUGAGAGAGAAAACAGAGAGGGAGAGGAAGAGAGAGAAAAACUGUGGGAACACGCUUCGCGUUGGCUUCGCGAGACUCGAUUUCCUUGUUUCUCCGGUGUGUUCUUCUUACGCGAACACCUCGCGAGACAUCAUUGUUGAAAAUUUUAUCUGUACUUCGGUCUAUACGCUUCGCGAUCAUCUGUGCUGCACAGUGUACGUUCGCUCUUUUCCAUUGUAUCCCUCCGGGGCGAAAUAAGCGGUUUACAUACGUUUGAUUUGUUUAUCCUGUUUUUUAUUUUCUUUUUCUAUUUUCUUCUUUUUUUCUUUUUGUUCGAUUCGAAUGAUGCAGGAUUCUUCGUGCGAUUCGCCGCGAAAUUCUCGUUUUCCGUUCGCGUUUCGUUGCUCGCAGCCUCGAUGCGUUGCGGGCGGUGUUGCAUUUUUGUGUCAGGCCGUCAUGUUACUCGAGAAGAUGGCGAUUGAUUCCUUUAUUUUAUUGAACUUGUUUGCACUAUAGCCGUUUUUAUAAUGCAUAAUAAUAUAUCGUUGGGUACGUACCUUAAUGUUUUGCGUUGCAACCUUUAUUCCUUCGCACCGUCGAUACGUGAAAGUAGGCACAUGCUUUAAUAGAUAUUUACUGAUGACGUUGCGCUGUUGGACAUUCUCACGGUAGCAUCGGUAAUCCUGCUUCGGGAACGAUACGUUACUCCCUUGGAGAACAGUUUCGAUACUUUUCCGAUAAGACUUGAGUACUCGACAAUACUAUUCCGUUACACGUGGUACGUCGUCGAUUUGCUAUUUCUUAAUUUCUUUCAAGGUUGUUUAUAGUUUGGCUGAUGUGGCUGGGAAUUGAUAAAACGCGUCGGUAAAAGUGCACCGAUGGAGGAAAUUUAGGAGAAAAUCUUUUUAAAAAACUCAAUUUUCAUUUAGUACUGUGAGUUAAUCAUUGAUGUAAGAAUGACUUAGAAUUAUUAAUUGAUAUAUUUAAUCAUAGUGACGCAAGAGAGAAGUCAAUAAGCGUCAUCUGUUAGUCGCGUGACUUCUUGCGCAUGGCAAUCCUGACCUCAACCAGCCGAACUAUAAUAUUGAAUUUUGAAAUUUCGAAUUUAAUUUCUACCUGGUGUAAUAUGGCCAGCAUUUUCUUAUGUUUCUUGUCGCAGUGACAACGCAUUUACGAAUGAUAUAAAUGUUUCUGUACUCGCGUGAGCCGUAUCCACGAAUUGACGAUUGAAGUUUUUUAGUUGGCAACACACGAUGAUGAAACGUUUCGUUUAUUGAAUAAAGUAAUAUAAAAUUUGAGGGUAUAUUUAUCCGCACGUUGUUUACAAAAUGACAUCUAUUUUAAAUGUUACGAAUAGAAAGAUGUUCUAAUGGCAAAUUAACCAGGAAAUCGUGACUAUUUUUUUGCGAGCUCUAUCAACAGAAUUACGUGGUGUGUGAACGCGCGGCGAUCGGAGCACGUUUAUUUGUCACGGUGUGUGUAACGCCGGAAACAACAAAUGUGCACGAAAAUAGACGUAAAAAUGUCUGGUGUAUUUUAAUCCACGUGCCACGUCGACGCGCGGAUGACCAUUUACGAAACUAAGUGUCAAUACAAAUCUAAUGCAAGUACUACGUAUGUGUUGGUUCUACGCUCAUGAUUGUCAUCAACAACCUGCUACACAAUCUACUUGUUCAUAUUGGUGAAUAAAUUAUUUUAAGAAAUGUCACAUGUGGAAAGCGAUUUCUGUCCCGUAGUUCACAACACGGCGUAACGUUCGCUCGUAUAUCGUUGUAUCAAAAUCUGUUUGUAUUUAUGAUCAUUUAUUAUAACAAUAUAUUUUCUUAUGGAACAUCGGUAAAUCCGUUUCCCUGGUAUCUUACGAUUUUAUGUUUUGUUCGAAAAUAUUGUUUGUUAAUUUGGAUUAUUUUUUUGCAUGUGUUAUUUAUCUACCAAGGAGAAAUAUAAAUAAAAUAUUUAUAUAUUAAAGGUUUAAAUAUUUUUGAGUGUAUUUAUUAGAACAUCGAUAUAGAGUUUAAUUGGUGUUUAGUAUGAUCAUAUUUUCUGAGUGAAUUUUAAUCGAAUUUAUCAGAAUUAAUUAAAAAAAUUCAUGUACACUUCCAAAAUACGAAGUGUGGAACGAGAAAUAUUUGAUAGAAACAUUCCUUCUUAAACAUAUUGAAAUUUCUAUUUAGUCAUUAUAAUUAUUAUUCUUUGAAAACAGAUAUUGGAAAACAUUUUAGAAACUAUAAGUUUCUUGUAAUUUAUACAACUAUUUUUUAAAGUAAAUAUUAUUAACUGAUACAUCCGCUGCAUGUUUCUAAUAUAUAAGGCUAAUAACAUACAGCAAGAGUGAAGUCUCGUGAAAGUAAACCUUGUCACGUUUAAUUCUUCUUAUACCUUGACUUUCCCCUAUAUUACAUUUUUCUUGAUUCAAUUGCUCGAACAACAUCAAGUUCUAAGUAAGAAUUUCAGUCUUGCUCGAAAUGUAUUUUUACGGCUAAAAAUCAAAACACAAGAAAUUAAUGGAAUAAUUGUUUAUCGCGUAUGCUAGAUCAAUCGACUAUCGCUACAAACAAUCGCUACAAAAUAUGGCCUUCCGAACCAGUUGUUUAAUACAUAUUCAACGUUGAAUUUGUAUCUCAUGGACAUUUAUAGAUAACUGUCUCGUUUUAUUAAGCUGAUUUCAUUUCUUUUCUUUUUGCAUGUUCCUAAUGUAAUGGAUAUGUACGGUUGCGAUGUUAUCGGUAUGUACAUAAAUAAAUUAUUAAAACUUGUAAAAAUAAAGGAACUAUAAAUAUAUUAAUGCAAAUCUCGCAAUGUAAACAACAAUUCGAUUUACCUUUUUAUAUUCUGUAUUGUUCUCUACCAUUUCAAUCGUUUCUUUCUUAUGAGUUUUAUGAUGUAAAUAAAUU